AUGGACGUGGACAAGACAGAACGGUCUUCACAGCAGGUCGAGGACGUCAAUGCCGAUAAGUUGAGCCAUCAUGGUGGCAACCUCGUCAUGCCCGCCAGCCUGGCGGCUUUAAGUCAGGAGGAAUACGAGAGGAUCGGCAAGAAGGCGACUUUGAAGAUGGACGUGGUAAUUAUGCCCAUCAUGGUUAUCAUGUACAUCCUCAACUACCUCGACCGCCAAAACAUUGCCAGCGCAAAGCUGGCCGACAUCACCACAGACUUAAAUCUAAGCCAAGUCGAAUACCAGACCACAGUCAGCAUUCUCUUUGUAGGCUACAUCCUCAUGCAGGUCCCCUCCAACAUGAUUGUCGGCAAGAUCAAGUGGCCUGGUGCGUACAUCUGCUGCGGCAUGGCGGCCUGGGGCGUCAUCUCCUCCCUCAUGGCCGUGGUGCACAACUACGAGGGUCUCUUGAUGGCGCGCUUCUUCCUCGGCUUCGUCGAGGCCAUCUUCUUCCCUGGCGCGCUCUACUUUUUGUCCCUGUUCUAUAACCGGAAGCAGUUUGCUUUGCGCACCGCCAUCCUCUACUCCGGUUCGCAGCUGGGUAAUGCUUUUGGCGGUCUUUUUGCCAUCGGGAUCCUGACUCUCGAUGGUGCUCAUGGGCUAGCGGGCUGGCGCUGGCUGUUCCUUGUCGAAGGCGUCAUCACCGUCGGUCUGGCCAUCCCGUUUGCCUGCAUAUUGCCCAACUCCAACAAGAAGAUUCCCACUCUGACCCAGUUGGAGUGCGAAUGGGUGCAGUACAACUUCGCCGCGGACCAGGGCCAGGAAGAUGACUCGACCGAAGUCACCGCCUUCAAGGGCUUCAUGAUGGCCGUCACGGACCCAAAGACCUGGUUGCUCAUGGGUGUCCUCUACUCAACCUACAUUGUCGGCGCCGUCGCAAACUUCUUCCCCUCCGUCGUUGGCGGCCUCGGCUUCUCCCGCACAAUGACCUAUGCCCUCACCGCGCCACCCUUCCUCCUCUGCGUCAUCACAAUGCUCCUGAACGGCUUCCACUCGGACCGCAAGCAAGAACGCUUCCUCCACAUCGUCAUCCCCUUGUGCGUCACCCUCGUCGCCAACAUCAUCGCCGUCUCCACCACCAGCACAGCCGCGCGCUACGUCGCCAUGAUGCUCCUCCCGGGAUCCUUCUACGCCGCCGCCGUGGUGGUGCUGUCGUGGAUCACGGGCAGCCUGGCGCAGCCGUCUGUGAAGCGGGCGAGCGCCAUCGCGCUGAUCAACGCCAUGUGCAACACGCCGAAUAUCUGGGGCAGUUAUCUGUACUACGGCGCGCCGCGGUACGUGACGGCGUUUAUUGUGAAUAUCGCGGCGACGGGGCUGGCGAUUGGGUUCGCUACGGUGACGAGGAUCUGGUUGAGGAGGUUGAAUGCCAAGUUGGACCGGGGCGAGGACGUGGGGAAGCAUGGGCCGACGCAGGCGCAAAUUGCUGGAGGGUUUAGAUAUCUCAUUUGA